UAUUAUAGUUUGAAAACAUGUACAGGUUUAUAUAAUUUAACAAUUAAUAGUAUGGUGCUUUACUUCCAUUUAAAUGUAUUUGUCUUUUUAGCUAACUCUUAACAAAAAAAUGAGAAGAGAUCAGUACCUCAGUUCGAUAACAUACAGUCCCCUGCAAAAGUAUUGGAACGGCAAGGUCAAUUCCUUCAAACAAAAGAUGCUCUGUCCUGAGUUGUUUAACACAUCUAGAUGUAAAUACCAUGAAAUAAAAGCUGGAAUUCUGAACAUAUGUCUCAUAUUCAUUUUUUGAUCUGAAACCCAAAUGUCUUCAGAAUGCAACAACAAAAAAAAGGAAUUCACCUUGCCGUUCCAAUACAUUUGGAGGGGACUGUACAAAAAAAGUAAAACUAGGAUUAAACCCUAAAAGUAUGGCUAAAGUGGAGUUAUGGAUUGUGUUCAAGAAUCUUUUCAUUUAUAUACUGAUGGAAAAUAUUUCCUUUCCCUCUGUUAUUGAUCAUGUGCGAGGGUUUAAAUGCUGCUGUUAAAUGGGACUACUAUAGUUAAACAUGUAAAUGACACUUUCACAAAAAAAACAACUGGUCUGAUUGUAUUGGAGGGGUGAACAUGCUCUGUCAAUACUUGCCAAUAAAUGGUGUUGUUUGCGCUUUUGAUUUGGGGUACAUUAGAUUGCCUGAUUUUCUAGUCAUUUUACAUAGCAUAUUUAUGUUAAUAUUAUGUAGAUAUCCAUCCAUUUUCUGAGCCGCUUCUCCUCACUAGGGUUGCGGGCGUGCUGGAGCCUAUCCCAGCUAUAAUCGGGCAGGAGGCGUGGUACACCCUGAACUGGUUGCCAGCCAAUCGCAGGGCACAUACAAACAAACAACCAUUCGCACUCACAUUCACACCUACGGGCAAUUUAGAGUCUCCAAUUAAUGCAUGUUUUUGGGAUGUGGGAGGAAACCGGAGUGCCUGGAGAAAACCCACGCAGGCACGGGGAGAACAUGCAAACUCCACACAGGCGGGGCCGGGGAUUGAACCCUGGUCCUCAGAACUCAAGCAGAAAGCCUACAUUGAUAGACGCUGGAAAGAUGUUCAAGUUGGAGACUUUGUUCGCCUAUCCUGCAAUGAUAUCAUCCCUGCUGAUAUUUUGCUCCUGUAUUCCUCUGAUCCUCAUGGCAUAUGUUACAUUGAGACUUCCAACCUGGAUGGGGAGACCAACCUGAAACAGAGAAAAAUGGUUUCAGGUCUUCCACUGCAGGGAGUGGAAUUUAACCCUGAGAUCUUCCACAGUCAUAUUGAGUGUGAGAAUCCCAACAAUGACCUUGGCACGUUUCGAGGUUUUAUGGUGCACUCUAGUGGGGCUCGUGCUGGACUUGACAAUAACAACCUCCUGCUGAGAAGUUGCACCAUUCGUAAUACGGAGACUGUGGUUGGCAUCGUGGUCUAUGCUGGACAUGAGACCAAAGCCAUGAUGAACAACAGCGGGCCGAGAUAUAAACGCAGCCAUCUGGAAAAGCACCUAAACAUUGAUAUCCUGUGGUGUGUUCUCUUGCUGAUCAUCAUGUGUCUCACUACUGCUAUUGGCCAUGGACUCUGGCUGAAGCAGUUCAAAAAUGCAGUCUUUUUGGUUGAUGGCGAGAUGGCUCCUGCCCUGGCUGGCUUUUACAUCUUUUUGACCAUGAUAAUUGUGCUGCAAGUGCUGAUUCCAAUCUCUCUUUAUGUGUCCAUUGAGAUUGUGAAGCUGGGUCAGAUCUACUUCAUCCAAAAUGAUCUCGACCUCUACAAUGAGCAUGUGGACUGCAGGAUCCAGUGCCGUGCGCUCAACAUCACUGAGAACCUGGGUCAGAUCCAAUACUUGUUCUCUGAUAAGACAGGAACUCUAACAGAGAACAACAUGGUGUUUCGCCGUUGCAGUAUUUAUGGGAUUGAAUAUCCUCAUGAGGAAAAUGGUUAUAGACUGGAGAUGUAUGAGGCAGAGAAGAAUGAAGCUACUGAUUGCUCUGUAACUCUAAAAUCUACCUGCAGAGGUAAAUCUCUGAGCUGUCGUUCCCUCAGUUGCAACCGCAGGUCAGUAUCCCUUCACACACUGACUGCUGAGUCUGAGGAAGAGGAGCAACUAUCAAAUCACUUCCUUCCAAGGACAACUGCCUUUUACAGCCAAAUGGCAAAGGAGGUGGUACCAGACCCUGAGCUAGUAAAGAAGUUAAGCUGGCUUUGCUCUGCGAUGCAGCCUUCUGGCAAUGUAAUUUCUGAGACGACCUCCAGUUUGGAACUCACCUACAUCACAGACUUUUUCCUGACAUUGGCCAUUUGUAACAGUGUGGUGGUCUCGUCACCCACGCAGCCUGAACAUGUGGCUGCUGAGGUACAAACAUCUCUUAAGUCUCUUGAUGAAAUAAAACUGAUAUUCCAGCGCUUCAGCUUCCCACUGUUCUCAGGCUUCUCAACCCAUUCACCUACUCAAAGCAGAGGCAGCCCUCACAGCUCCAGACUCUUUACACGUGGAAAGACAGGCGCCUUCACCCUCUCCACUCUUUCCAGUAGCACCAUAGAGGGGUCAUUUGUAACCCAAGAGGGUAAUGUUAACUUAUCCAGAAAGGAGGAGGAGAUCAUUGGUGAAGAGACGAGGGACAUUUUCGGUAGUACAAAUACAGACUCCAAUGGAGCAAGUGACAAUGCACAAGAAAUGAGAAAUGAAUAUGUUAUUGACAAUGACACAGAGGAUGAACUACUAUAUGAGGCGUUGAGUCCAGACGAGGCUGCUCUGGUCCAUGCAGCUAGAGCGUAUCGCUGCACCUUGCGCGCACGAUCUGCAGAUAGCCUCCUUGUAGACCUGCCUGGAAUUGGUAUGCUAACUGUCCAGCUGCUCCACAUCCUGCCCUUUGACUCCAACAGGAAGAGGAUGUCUGUGGUGGUCCGCCACCCUCUCACAGGACAAGUGACGGUUUACACCAAGGGUGCAGAUUCAGUAAUCAUGGAUCUUUUGGAGACACCUAAAGGUCCAGAACAAGCUCGGGAGACCUACAAUCACAUCAAAGUGCAAACCCAGAAGCAUUUAGACAGCUAUGCUAGAGAAGGCCUCCGUACCCUUUGCAUUGCUAAAAAGGUACUGGGAGAAGAGGAGUAUGAGGUGUGGCUGAAGAGACAGUUGCUGGCAGAGAGCAGCAUAGAGAACCGAGAAGAGCUGCUGCUCGAUUCCGCUGAGAGACUGGAGACCAACCUCACCCUUUUGGGUACCACAGGAAUUGUCGACAGACUCCAGGAAGAUGUGCCAGAGACAAUUGAAUCUCUUCAGAGGGCAGGUAUCAAAGUUUGGGUCCUCACAGGAGACAAACAAGAAACUGCUGUCAACAUCGCCUAUGCUUGUAAACUCAUCGGUCCCAAUGACCAAAUUCUCACUGUCAACUGUGAAAGCAAGGAUGACUGUGCUGCAUUGCUUGAGGACCUAAAAUUAAAAGUGCAGCGCAGUGAAGAGCGAAUGAAUAAAAAGACUACUACAGAGGAUAGUGGAGAAUUGUCUUCAGGCAGCAAGGUCGGCUUCAUUUUCAUCAUAGAUGGUCGGACACUUGACUGGACACUUAAGGACCACUCAAGCUGUUUUCUGGAGCUGAGCCAUUCUUGCAAAGCUGUCAUCUGCUGUCGCUCCACUCCACUGCAAAAGAGCCAAGUGGUGCAGCUUAUCCGGGAUGAGCUCAAAGUCAUGACCCUGGCAGUGGGUGAUGGGGCCAAUGACGUGAGCAUGAUCCAGGUAGCUGAUGUUGGCAUUGGGAUAUCUGGUCAGGAAGGCAUGCAGGCUAUGAUGUCCAGUGACUUUGCCAUUUCCAGGUUUAAGCACCUCAGUAAGCUGUUGCUGGUCCAUGGGCACUGGUGUUUCUCUCGUCUUGGAAACAUGAUGUCAUAUUUCAUCUACAAGAAUGUGAUGUUUGUAAGCCUGUUGUUUUGGUAUCAGUUCUUCUGUGGUUUCUCUGGGAGCGUGAUGACCAACUCUUGGGUUUUGAUCUUCUUCAACCUGUUCUUUACCUCCGUUCCUCCUCUCAUCUACGGCAUCCUGGACAAAGACAUACCUGCUGAGCAAUUGAUGCAAAUGCCUGAGCUUUACCAGGCUGCGCAUGCCUCUGAGGCCUAUGCUCCAUUUGUCUUCUGGUUCACAGCCCUGGAUGCCUUUUACCAAAGCCUUGUUUGCUUUUUUGUGCCUUAUUUUGCUUACGUUGGAUCAGACAUUGGAGAGCUGUCCUUUGGUUCACCGAUCAACGCUUCAGCUCUCCUUAUCAUCCUGCUGCACCAAGUCAUCGAGAGUCAUACUCUGACGUGGAUUCAUGUUUUCAUGAUGGUGCUCAGUGCGGGGUCGUACUUUGGCUUUGUGCUGCUCUUCAGCAUUUGCUGUUUGACCUGCAGUCCCCCUACCAACCCUGUGGGUGUUGAGACAUUGCAAAUGUCCCAGCCUCUAUUUUACAUUGUGUGUACUCUCACUACUGUAACAGCACUGAUGCCCAGGCUCCUGUUCCGGGCACUUCAUAACACUUCAUAACUUAUCUGCUCUGAUGCUAACAUCUUACAGGUAAAAAGUAGAAUCAAAGCAGUACCACAGAAGAAUGCAGCACAAGAACUUAAACCUCUCUGUGGCUAACAGGCACCCAGAGUGUGUUGACAACUCCGCUUGAUCAUAUUUUGAGCAUAAAAACUUUAAAAUAAAGGUUGUUUACUGUACAGCUA